AUGUCCAGAUCAAGAAACCCUUCUCCGUCAUCUGGAAGCUCAGAGAACUUCCACAGUGUGGAUGACUUCACCGCUGAGCUAUCACUUGAUCCUGAUCACGAAUUAAUCGUCUCAGAAAUCGGUGUGCUGCAGUCGAUUUAUGGUGAUAAUGCUAUACGACCAUGGCGUUCGUCUCCAGAAGACCAUGCGCGUAGCCAGAGCAAGACGCGCUAUGAGGUGAAUUUGAGGCUUCCAUCCCCUCAUGAAGAUGUUCCGCUCCGCAUCUUGAUUUCUCUCCCUCCUUCGUAUCCGGCCACCUCUCCACCGCAGCUACAGCUGCUCUCUCGAUACAUCGGGGCCUUCGGCGUUGAUUCUGAGCUAUUUGGAUCUAUCCUCAGGACUUUCAUAUCCAAGAGUGGAGUGGAAUGGACUCCAGAUACAGUGUGUGUAUUCGAUGGUUUGGAGAGCGUCGUGGAGCGUUGUACCACGUGGUACGAAGACCAUCUCAAUGUCCAGGAGGUUGGUGAACUGUUGCGAGCGGACGCGAAGGAACAUUCAACCGGCAAAGAUCAACAAAAGCAGCCAACGUUGAAUGAGCCCACGUCUCAGCGUGAGCUCGGGUUUUACAAUGCUAUUGCUACACUUCCAGAGGGAGUCGAAAUCACCGAAGCUGAAGCUAUCGUGGACCGCAGGAGUGUCUUUGUCGGACGAGCAUGCCAGAUCACAGAUCCUUCACAAGUUCCUUUGAUUCUUGCCUACCUCAUGUCUGAUAGGCGCAUAGCGAAGGCCGCUCAUCCGAUCAUCAAUGCCUGGCGCUGUCAGGUUGGCAGUGUACUGCACCAAGACAAUGACGACGAUAGAGAAUCGGCAGCGGGCGGGCGCCUCGCUCAUUUACUUCAAAUCCUGGACGUUAGCAAUGUUUUAAUCGUCGUGACUCGCUACUAUGGAGGGAUUUUACUGGGGCCGGAUCGAUUCAAACAUAUCAAUCAGGCUGCACGGGAUGCAUUGGAGUUGGGUGGAUUUUUGAACGGCCCAGAUCCAAAAAGAUCCAAGGGCUCAAAGCGAGAAAGGAAUCGAACUUGACAUCUCAAAGACUUGGAAC